CUAACAAAAGGCGCGCACAAGGCGGAAGUACAAACUUGGCUAAGAAAACAAAACUAGCACUUGGGCAAAAACUCUGGACGUGAAACAAAUAACACUUACUGUGACAUGAGCAGAACAAAAACUUACGUGGCAUGGCAAGAAGCAUAAACGAUGGUAUAAGCAGAGCAUGAAAAUGACAGAGGUAAACAGAGUUAAUGUCGCCAGCCUGACUUCCUGGCAACUAUCGGCUUAAAUAGUCUUGAAUAUGAUUAAUGACAGGUGUGUGAGUCCAAAUGAAUCAGGUGUGUGACAUGAGGACAGGUGAAAACUAAUGGGUUGUCAUGGAAACAAAACAAACAAGAGUGCACAAAGAGUCCAAAAACCAUUUCGAACAUAACCAAAACAAAACAUGAUCACACGGACAUGACAGCUUUUUGCUUUUUGCUGGUCUCAAACUGAACCCCCCGGACAGGUCGCACUGAAAAUUGAAUGAAGUGCGAUGAAAAUAAAGUUUCAUUCCAAACUAGACAUUUAGUGACAAAAAGUGGAAUUAUUCCAUAUAAACCUGAAGGUUGGUCUUCACAUGGCCUCAUGUCUUUAGUGCUGCGUGUUAAAUGAAUGUAAAUACCACCGAGUGAUGAUGUCAUUGAGCUGGGGAGUGGGUGUAGUCAGACCGGAGCGACACAAUAAAGAGCAGCAGCACUGAGAGCAGGAGGAGAGAAUGUUUCUUUUCAAUGUAAAUGCAAUGACCAUCAAAUGCCAGAUAAUGUCAUUUCUGGUCUUCAGGAUGCGUUUUGAAGCUGCACAUUUGGUAGGAGAAUCAUAACCACCAACCGCAUCUUAGGUCGAUGAUUUUUCUCAAGAGAUGAUGCAAAAUACCACAAUAUCGCAUUUCAUCCUGGGGUCUUAUUUAGACUUGGGGUAUGAGAAAUACUUGUUUUUUUCCAUGGUGCUGCUGCUGUACAUGUUGAUCGUGGCGACCAACUCCUCCCUGGUGGUGCUGAUCUGUGUGACGCGGCGCUUACGGAAGCCCAUGUUCUUGUUUGUGGCCAGCCUCUUUGUCAACGAGCUCUACGGCUCCACUGGAUUCUUUCCCUUCCUCAUGCUUCAGAUCCUCAAUGACGUGCACACCAUCUCCGUGCCCGCCUGCUACCUGCAGAUGUUCACCGUCUACACCUACGCCCGUGUAGAGUUCUGCACUCUGGCCGCCAUGUCGUACGACCGCUACCUGGCCAUCUGCUGCCCCCUGCAGUACAGCGCUCGUGUGACGCCCCACCGGGUCCUCCUGUGUAUUUGUCUCAUGUGGCUCUACUCCUUUGUCAGGGUUCUCAUCGCCCUGUGCUUGAACCUGAGCCAGCUGCUCUGCGGCAACGUCAUCAACAGCCUGUACUGCUCGAACUACCUGGUCGCUAAGCUGCUCUGCGGCGACCUGCAAGUCAUGAAUAUUUACGGGCUGGUCGCCGCCACCAUGUCCGUCAUGCUGCCUCUGCUGCUCAUCCUCUACUCCUACCUGAAAAUCCUGCGCGUUGUCUUUUCUGGCGCCAACCAGGCCAGACCCAAGGCGCUGGGCACGUGCGCGCCUCACAUCGUGUCCCUGCUCAACUUCUCUUUCGGGUGCAUCUUCCAGGUGCUGCACAUACGCUUCGACAUGAGCGCCAUGCCCGACGGCUUCCGAAACUUCCUGUCGCUUUAUUUCCUCAUCGUUCAGCCUCUCAUAAACCCUCUCAUGUACGGAAUGCAAACGUCGCAAAUACGAGAGACGUGCAAGCACGUGUUCUCGUCCAAGAGAAUAAAAUGAAUCCUUUGCUUUGACACGUUAUUGCUGUCCUUCUUAAGUCAUGCACAUUUCAUUCAGGACACCAUUUAAUCAGUUCCAUACAAUAAUAAUAAAUAAUACAGGUGAAACUCCAAAAAAUGGGAUAUUGUGCAAAAGUCUAUUCAUGUCGGCAAUGUGGAACUAGUGUGUUAGAUAAAUUCAUUACAUGCAACGUGAGAUAUGUCAAGCCUUUAGUUCUUAUCAUUGUAAACAUCCUGGCUUACAGUUUUGGAAACAUUUAUUUUCAAAUGGAGGUUUUUCUAUGCUGUAAGCCAAGGGUCUCCAAACUUUUAGACUCAGGGGGCCGCAUUGGGUUAAAAAAAUUUGGCCGGGGGCCGGGCUGUGUGUGUGUGUGCGUGUGUGUGUGUGUAUAUACAGUACAGGCCAAAAGUUUGGACACACCUCCUCAUUCAAUGGGUUUUCUUUAUUUUCAUGACUAUUUACAUUGUAGAUUGUCACUGAAGUCAUCAAAACUAUGAAUACAUACAUAACUCCACAUGAGCGUGUGGAGUUAUGUACUUAACAAA